AUGGCGGGUCUUUCUGGUUUGCCGAUACCAAGCAUGGACUGGCAUUCGCCUGAUGCAGCUCAAGCAUUUAAGAAAUUCAAACCCGAUGUCAGUUAUACUUCAAUGGUCCGUUAAAAGAAAAAAAAUUUCAAGGCAUGUGGUAAGGAAAAUCAUUGGAAAAGAGUGUGUCGUUCGAAGGUAACGAAGAAGAACCCCUUCCGAAAUAAAGACAACAGGCUUAAAAGUCAAGAUAAGCCGAGAAACAAACAAAAGCAGAUUGAUGCCAUCCAGACUGAGAUUGCAGAUUCCAGUGGCUCCCCAGCAACGCCAGUGGUGGAUCAGUUGUAUUUUUAUAGCUUAUCGAUUAAUCAGAUGUCAAAGAGCAACACCCAAGCACUCGUCCAAGUACAGGUGAACACAUCUCAAGAUGCCAAGCCUUUGUGGUGCAAAGUGGAUACCGGUGCAGAAGGUAAUGUCAUUUCUGUAGAAACAUAUAAGAAGCUGCAUCCAACAGUAUCAUGUAAUGCCAAAGGUGUACCCGUGGUGUACCCGUGGUGGAACAGCCUACAGAUUGGGUCAACUCAUUGGUUUGCGUCACAAAGAGUAAUGGCAAUCUACGACUGCGUUUGGACCCAAAGGAUUUGAAUCGUGCAAUUAAGCGCCCUCGCCAUUUUACUCCGACCUUGGACGAUGUUCUCUCUAAGUUGAAUGGUGCAACGUGUUUUUCUAUUAUCGACGCACGCAGUGGUUAUCGAAACAUUAUAUUGGACCAACAAAGUUCACUCUACACAACCUUUAACUCGCCCUGUGGAAGAUAUAGAUUUCUUCGCUUGCCAAUUGGGUUGGUAUGCGCACAAGAUAUCUUCCAACGAAAGGUCGACGAAACCUUUAGUGGUUUAGCUGGUGUGACCGGAAUCGCUGACGACAUCAUAGUGUAUGGUUACAAGAGCGACCAUAGUGAUCAUGAUGAGAACCUGCAUGCAGUCAUGCAGCGUGCCCGUGAAACUGGCCUGAAGUUCAACAUAGAGAAAUGCCAAAUUAGAUGCGAAUCUAUACCUUUCUUUGGUCAUGUUGUUGGUGCAGAUGGUCUUCGGCCUGACCAGAAGAAAGUUGAGGCUAUUCGUUCCAUGGAUCCGUCAAACAAUGUUGCUGACCUUCGAACAUUUCUUGGUAUGGUGCAAUUCCUGAGUCGCUUCGUACCAGAUUUGGCGACAUUGGCAGCAGACCUAUGGGCACUAACGAAGACCACCAGUGAAUUUGUUUUGAGUCCUGAGCACGAUAUCGCGGUGGAUAGGAUCAAGAAAGCAAUCACCUCUCCAAAGUCCCUGCAAUACUUCAAUAGCUCAGAGCCUGUUACAAUUCAAGUGGAUGCAUCGCAGAGCGGUAUUGGAGCCGUCCUCCUCCAGGACAAAGGUCCAGUAGUGUUUGACAUGCUUCUAACAAGCAUGCUUCUAACAGAGACUGAGACUCGAUACUCUAAUAUUGAACGAGAAAUGAUUGCUGUUCUUUUUGGUCUCGAGAAGUUUCACUAUUAUGUAUAUGGCAGACCUGUUGUUAUUCAUACCGAUCACAACCCCCUGGAGGCUAUAUUUAAGAAGCAUCUUGCUAACGCACCGCCUCGCAUUUCACGAAUGAUGCUUAUAAUCCAGAAGUAUGAUGUGCAAAUUAAGUAUGUACCUGGUAAGGACGUACCAGUAGCUGAUGCCCUAUCAAGAAUAAGUUCUUGUCGUGGUGAUACUCUUCCUGGUCUGGAUGUGACCGUCCACGAAGUCCUCCUAUGUCUCAAUGUUAGUCCUACGAGAGUACCCCAGAUCCAGGAAAAAACCAUGAAGGACACAACCUUGAGCGUUCUGUGCAAGAUUAUCUCAGAAGGAUGGCCAGAGAAAAGAUCAGAAUGUCCAGCAUACCUCCAUCCAUACUGGAACUAUCGGGACGAGUUGACUGUAUCAAAUGGUCUGAUAUUGAAAGGCUCACGUAUCGUAAUUCCAAGGUCUAGAGGUAUUGCAAAAACUACAUUAUGCUAA